UACAGGUCCCGAGGCGAAGCGGCCUCUAGUCUCUGGGACGCCGAGAGCGGAAGGACCAUUUUCCGCGCAACCAUGCCGCUCAAAGUCUUUCACGCUUACUCGAGACUCCUUCGCUUCGACGACCGCCAGACCAGAGCCGAGAGACGCGCAGCAGGCGGCGGUGACAAACUUGCGGCCGUGAGAGAGGUCUGGGACAAGUGGGUCGAGAGGCUGCCGCUCCUCUACAACCCCGGGGCCGACGUGACGGUGGACGAGCAACUGGUCCCUUUCAGAGGCCGAUGUCCUUUCCGCCAGUAUAUCCCAAGCAAGCCGGCCAAAUACGGCAUCAAGACAUGGGUGGCCUGCGACUCCAAAUCCAGCUAUGCCUGGAAGAUGCAGGUCUACACCGGCAAGGCCACAUGCGGAGGCCCCGAGAAGAACCAGGGGAUGAGGGUCGUGCUCGAUUUGACGCAGGGACUCAGGGGUCACAACGUCACCUGCGACAAUUUCUUCACCUCAUACGAGCUCGCGCGCCAGCUCCUGACCAGGAACGUCACCGUGGUCGGCACAGUCAGAAAGAACAAGCCAGAGCUCCCGCAGGCGCUGCUCGCCUCAAAGGACAGGCUCCUCUUCUCCUCCAAGUUCGCCUUCACGUCCACCACCGCUCUAGUGUCCUAA